AUGAUUGUUCAUGGAGGGAUAUCUGAUCGUAUUCAUUUAUCACAAAUAAAUUCUCUUGUAAGAUAUCAAUGUAAAAUUGAAAAUAAUAAAAAUUAUAUUUAUUUACUUGUAUAUACUUCACUUAGUAUACGACCGAAAUCCGAAAAUCAAUUUUUAAUGCUUAUAUGUUCACAUGAAGUUAAAGAAAAUGGUUAUGAAUCUGAACAUCACAAUAAAGUUUUAACUGUGUUCAGUGCACCAAAUUAUAAUGGUGAAUCCAAUUGCGGUGGUAUUGCACGCUGA